ACUUUCCCAAAAUCUUUGACCUCCGCGUCUGUCAAGUGCAUUUGAGCACCAGCCUGUGUGCGGAUCCAUCUCAAAUCCGCCUCCUCAAAUGAGUCUCUCUUUCCUUCUGAGCUCAAGCAACAAGAUCGACACUGAGCUCGAUUCUCUAUUCAAGUCGAAUACCACCACUCCUUCCCGGAAGCCUGGUGUCGCAAUCUCCGUUCCUAAGCCAGGAUCAGCCCCUCCCUCAACAAAGAAGCGAAAACUCGAAACUGGCAUCCCGGCGGAAAAUCAUGGCAAGCGGGUAAAAGCAGACAAACGAGCCAAGCCCUCGAAAACCGAAACGCUUCCCGAAAUCACGGGCAAAGGGAAGGAUAUCCGAAAGCCUCACAGCUCAUCUGCGGCUUCAAAAUCAAAAGGCAAGCGACGCGCAGAAACGGAGGUUAUGGAUGUCGACGAGGAAGCAGAAGCAGGAGCGGACGAAAGUGAUCCUGAUGAGGACAACUCAGAUCUCGAGAAUGCCUAUAUCCAGAGACAGGACAAGAGGCUCAAGCCGAAGGGUGCAGAAGACAAUGAUGACUCUGCUGAGGAAGAUGAGGAGGACGCAGACGAGGAGCAAGGUUCGGAAGACGAUGGCGAGGAUUCGGAUUCGGACUCGAACGCCCCUCCGCCCCAGCACGAGUCCAUCACAAACCCUAAACGCAGAGAGCGGGAGAAACCCACGAAGAAAGUCAAGCUAGUUCCGAAAGACGAAACUCGCAAGGAGCGAGAUUCGCGCACUCUCUUUGUGGGUGGACUACCUAUUGAUGUCGUUAGUAAAAAGCCACUCCAGAAACAACUAUCGCAUCAUCUCCUUUCGUUCUUACCUCCUGGCUCCAAAGUUUCUGUCGAAUCGCUGCGCUUUCGAUCUGUGGCUUUCAAGGAACGCACAAGCUCGGCGAAGCCCACUCAGUCUACGAGCGCAUCGGAUGCACCCAACCACGCGCAGGCACGGAUUUCCGCUUGGCGCAAAGACAACGGCAAGGAAGGCGAUGACGAAAAACAGUUUCUAACGCCGGCUCAAAAGAAGAAGAUAUUCUUCAUCCAGGGAGCGUUCCACCCCGAAGCCCAGAGCGUCAACGGAUAUGUGGUUCUAGCCCAUCACAAAGCGUCUUUCGCAGCCUACGGAGAGACUGACGAGGCGAAGACUACGGAAGACACGCCGUACAAAGUUGCUGCACAGAUCGCUCUAGCAGCAAAUCUCAAACCGUUUCUCGAACGAGACCUGCGAGUAGACGUGUGCUCGAAACUCGAUGCUGCCGACGGUUCCAGCACUGCAACGGGUGAUCCAAAACGCAGCAUCUUCGUCGGCAACCUCGAAUUCGGAUCCAAGGAAAGUGAUCUCCGGGAGUUCUUCGAAGGCGUCGUCGCGGGGGAACGAGGCCCAGCUUCAGAGGAGGACGGUAGCUGGGUUCAGGGUGUCAGGCUCAUCCGAGAUCCUGAAACUCAAUUGGGCAAAGGUUUCGGCUAUGUGUGGUUCUCGGACCGAGAAUGCGUAGAUGAGAUCCUUUCGCUCGGAAAGACGGACGAAGGAACCAAGAAACUGCGCUUUGCAAAACGUGCACUUCGCGUUCAGCGUUGCCGAACGAUAGGAGGAACGAACAAGGCUGCAGCACCCAGCUCCGGUUCCAGUUCGGCAAAAACCAAGUCGACGUAUCCAGUCCAUCACGGUGACCCCAAUCUGGGAGAACGCAUCGUUCAUCUCGACAAAGAGGCGCGCAAGGCUGCGAAGAAAGCUGAUCCUCAACGUACACAGCGGAGAGCCGAGAAAAAGCUAAGGAUGGGCAUGAACUCAAAGCUGAAGGCGGAAAAGGGGAAGGUGGGGGGCAGACCUCAAGGGAAGGACGACAAGGGCAAGCACCGGGAGAGGGUGAGAAAGCCACAGAAACAAGCAGGCAAGGCAAAGAGAGGAGCGAAAUAAGUAGUUCUGGCGCCAAUCAUUAUGAAAGUCCGGGAGUGCAGAUUGACUGAUGCGGGCUACUGUGAACGUCAGUCCCUAUCAUGACGCUUGGUGUGAAGAAAGAAAGUUCCAUCGAAGCAGCAUGACAAGCAGACUGCCCUCGAUCUAACGCGCAGGUCUCGCUCACACCCCCGAUUUCACGUCCACAUUCCAUAUCUCAGGACCACUACAUCACACCACUUUGAGCAAUUUUUUGAAGACGGUGUCAGUUUUUAAGGAGCAACAGAGCGUGAGUUUUAGGCGAGAGUUGCGCGCACCAAACGUCAGACCUUGCAGUGAAGUGAACAGGCGAGUACAAUCCAACAAAAAUGACUCAGAGCAAUUCGAGUACGAUAAUAGCAGCAACUCGUUUCGAUCGAGUGACCUCGGG